AUGAGCAAACACAGGCUCGACGAUUCCGCGGCUCAAGUAGCCAAGCAGGACAAAAAGCGAAGAAAGAAGGAGAGAAAAGAGGCCCUUCGCCUCGAGGAUAUCACUCCCUCUUCCACCGAUGCUACAGCAAACUCUACACCGGCUCCAGAAGACGAUAUCGAGGGAGCGACAUACACGCAAAACGCCGCGCUUGGUUCCCUUCCUCAAUCGGAUGUCGACGAGUUUUUCUCGUCGCAGUCCGUCAAGAUCGCAGAUCCUCAGAACACCAACCUAAGACCCAUUCUCUCGUUCUCACAUCUACCCACCGAAUUGACCACCCAGUUCUCCAGUGUGUUCUCGUCUUUCGAGAAGCCCUCGUCUAUCCAAUCCGCCGCUUGGCCGUUUCUUCUGUCUGGAAGAGACCUUGUAGGCGUGGCAGAGACCGGGAGUGGCAAGACUAUCGCUUUCGGUCUGCCUCUUGUUGUCCGCCUUUCAGCGUUGAAGAAAAAGAAGGGAGUAAAAGCGGUAAUUGUCGCACCAACAAGAGAGCUGGCAAUUCAAGUGUUUGAACAGAUCGACAAGCUGUGUAAGACUGCCCACAAGUUAAAGCCUGUUUGUGUGUAUGGAGGAACAAACAAGGAUGAACAGAGGCGGACACUCCAGGGAGCCAACAUUGUUGUUGCGACUCCCGGGAGACUGAAGGACUUCAUGUCCGACGGUACAGUAGAUGUGUCAAAAUGCCGCUAUCUGGUUCUUGACGAGGCCGACCGCAUGCUUGACAAGGGUUUCGAGGACGACAUCAAGCACAUAAUCUCACAUAUGCCCUCCUCAAGCAAGCGGCAGACAGCCAUGUUCACAGCCACAUGGCCAAAAUCCAUUCGGGAAUUGGCUGCGACAUUCAUGAAGGAGCCUGUAAAGAUCACCAUUGGCCGGGAUGAUUCUGAUGACUCCGGUGAACUUCGCGCCAAUACGAGGAUCGUCCAGAAGGUCGAAGUAAUGGAUGGAGCCCUGAAGCAACAGCGCUUGCUACAGCUCUUGAAAGAGCACACCGCUGGUCAGAAGCGUAAUGAUCGCAUUCUCGUCUUUUGUUUGUACAAGAAGGAGGCUUUACGCAUCGAAAACUUCAUCCGCGGUCGAGGCUUCAAGGUUGCCGGCAUUCAUGGUGACAUGUCUCAGUCCGCUCGCAUUGCCAGUCUGGAGUCGUUCAAGUCUGGGUCUGUCAGCCUGCUCGUCGCAACGGAUGUUGCCGCGAGAGGUCUGGAUAUUCCCGAGGUUAAGGUCGUGAUCAACGUCACCUUCCCCUUGACUGCAGAGGAUUACGUCCACAGAAUCGGUCGAACUGGUCGGGCCGGUAAGGACGGUCUGGCUAUUACCAUGUUCACCGAACAGGACAAGCCUCUAGCAGGUGCUUUGGUUAAUGUUUUAAAGGCGGCGAAGCAAGAUGUUCCCGAGGACUUAUUGAAGUUUGGAACAACAGUGAAGAAGAAGCAACACGAUUCGUAUGGUGCUUUCUAUCGUGAAGCCGAGGAUGGCAAGACUGCCACCAAAAUCACCUUUGAUGAUUGA